AUGGCGUCUCAGCAGAUUCUCUUCGCCGAGACCAUUAUGGCCAUGAAGAAGGCAAGGAAGAGAAAGGCAUACGACUCCGACUCCGACUCCGAAAUCAACCACCAGGGCAACCGUGGGCACAAGCUGCAGAAGAGGGCAAGAUUCGUACAUGAAGGGCAAUUAGCACCGCCAUCGGGGCCAGAAGUAUACAGGGAGAUCGUGAGCCACGCCGGCUACCAAAGAGCUAUCAUUAGCAGAAACCCGCCCCUCGUCGACGACGAAGGCUACGAAGUCGAUAGCGACGAUGACGAAGAGCAUAUCCAAAAUGUCGCUGACACGGCGGCCGAGUUCAACCCGUACGCGAGUGUACGACUUGAGAACAUCCUAGCACCUCUGACUUCGGUCACUGACCUCCCAACACGUCCCACCCUGUCACGACCAUAUACCUCGAAGACCCUCACGGAACUUGCCGCGCAAGGCUGCAACAUCAUGCAGAAGGAAAACAAAGCUCUCUGGAAAGUUAAGCAUCUACAGACGAAGCUCGUUGGUGAUCAUAUCUGGGUGCCUUGUGGGAUGUUCGUCGGGCCGAACGACAUCGAGCUGUAUCGGGACGACUACAUGGAACGUGUCGAUCAUGCAAAAGGUUCAGCCAAGUCGGACGCCAGCAUGUCGAUGCUGGAGCAUACAUCAUUCGAAGGCAGGACGAACGGGGUGGCCUACACGAAUGGCGCAAUGCCCGCUACUAGCAGUAGCAAGGCAGUGGCUGAAGCAGAGAGACUAGACGAUACCGAUACUUCCAUGGCGGACGCCGAGCCUCAAGCCGAUGCAGACACGACGGUCACCGAAACAUUGACACAUGACGAGGAAGGCGUUGGCCAUGAAUUCGAACGAAAAUCCGACGAUGGCCAGCAAGACCAUCCGGCCAGUAACACAGCGGGCGAUCCAUCGAAGAGUAGUGCUGCGCAGAAAACAGACGGCAAUGUGGGCAACGAGAAACAGGACCAACCAGCUUCGAAUGUCGCCGGCGGCAUAGUAACAAACGGCUCAGUGGCGGGUGGACAACAGGAAGCUGGUGCCAGUGGCGCACAUCAAAGGCACGAAGUUCGGAAAGAGGCACAUCAGGAGGGCAACCGGCCGAUGUCUGCCGUAUCAGAACCCUCUGAUGCUCUGUCCAUCCAUCCGUUCUUCUUACCUCCGCGGUCAGCCCACCCGGAUCGGGAUUUAGGACUUCCGCCGGAUGAAGCUGACGAUAUGCGGCGACUCCUGCAGCUGUACAUACAAAAGCAGGAAGAACUCUGUCGAGGGGCAAAGCGUCUAUACGAAGGACUACUUCGGGCAGACAGGAUGCGGAAGACGGUGCUGCAAUGGACCAAGUACGAAGCACACAAGGACAUGUCGGAUGGCGAGGAUUGGUAUGACAAGGAAGAAUGGGGCUUGGAAGAGGACCUGAAGAAAGGCCAGGACGAGGAAGAGGAGGAUACCACACAGACGACCAAGAAGACGAGGGCUCGCAGAUAA